AUGCCUCCUCUUCGCGCACAUACCAAAUCCCGCAACGGGUGCGACCAAUGCAGAACCAGGCGGGUCAAAUGUGACGAGAUGGGCCCACCAUGUUCGAACUGCACAACCCGCGAGUUAAAAUGCACAUAUUUGAAAGUCGCCGCCCGUCGCGCUGCGACCCAUAUUACCCCACCCAGCUCAAAGUCCGACGUACCGCGGUCUCUAGAUGGCCAUGGCUCGCCCGUAGCAGCGGUGCCCGGUCCAGCCGUUGCAACAAUCCCAGUCCCGGCACCGGCCGAAACAAACUCAUUCGGCAUCAACAACCUAGAACUAAUGCAUAAGUUUGCAACAGAGACAUACAAAAGUCUCUGCAUCAGCGAUUCAGAAAUACAAAUUUGGCAAAUAACCGUCCCGACACUUGCCUUCAAGCAUGACUACCUGAUGAACGGGAUCUUGGCGCUAGCCUCAAUGCACAUUGCAACAUCCUGCGAGCCAUCAGAAGUAGCACUCAUGUACUACGAAGCAGGGCUACAGUACUACAACCGCAGCCUGACGCCAUUCCGCAACGCGAUCGAUAGUAUCACGCCGCACAACUGCGACGCGGUAUUCGCGCACUCGAUCGUCAUGAUCGCGAUCGGUAUCGCGUCGCCCCAACUAACGGGAAUGAAAGAUGAGCGCGCCAGUACCACAGAGAACAUUGUGGUACUAUUCGAGCUACUACAGGGUGUUAAGAAGAUCCUGCAAGUCAGCAAGUCCUGGAUUAAGCUAGAGUUAUUCUCGCAGGGCGAGUUUUGGAAGAACACGCCUGCCGAGCUUGAUCCGGAUACGGAGGCUGCGCUGACGCACCUGUCAGACUUGAAUGAUCAGGUUAUGGUAGGGGUCUACUCGGAGCAGCAUCGCAUUAAUAAAACUGUUAUUGCUCAUCUGAGGCAUUGUUAUGCCAAGUUUGCACGCUCGGCAGAUCCGGCGCCGGCUUUUGCUUGGCUUGCGGCGGUCGAGAAGGGCUUUGUUGAUAGCCUCCGGUGUCGGCAGCCGUUUUCGUUGUUAAUUCUUAUGUACUGGGGGGUGUUGUUGAGGGAGCUUGAUGGGCUGCGGUGGUGGGCGCGGGAUGCGGGUAGAGUGCUAGUCUCGGAGCUGUUUAAUGCUUUGAGGUUAGGGGAUCCGAGGUGGCAGAGUGCUCUCGGUUGGGUGCAGAGGAAGAUGGGGCUUUGA